AUGGAAAAGCACCAGAAUUGGACCUCUCACGCCUUCCUUCUAUUCCUCGGGAUCAUACUCCACUAUAGGAAGAGGAAACUCACGUAUGAGAAGAUAGAAGGAUGCGAGAUGGACUACCCACAUAGGCUCCCCUACAAGAAAAUCUACAGGGCAACUAAAGGUUUCAAGGAAGAGUUGGGGAAAGGAGGCUUUGGCAGUGUCUACAAAGGUGUGCUGCCCAGAAGCAAAAUCGAGGUUGCAGUGAAGAGAGUCUCACAUGGUUCAAAGCAGGGGAUGAGGGAAUUUGUGGCAGAACUGUCAAGCUUGGGGAGGAUGAGGCACAGAAACCUGGUCCAAUUGCAUGGUUGGUGUAGACGAGGCGAAGACCUACUCCUGGUUUAUGAGUUCAUGCAGAACGGGAGUCUAGACAGUCAUCUUUUUGGCACGAAAGAGAGCAGGUUGAGUUGGGAACAGAGGUUCAAGAUUCUAAAGGGAAUUGCUUUCGGCUUGCUGUAUCUUCACGAAGAGUGGGAGCAAGUCGUCGUGCAUAGAGAUGUUAAAGCAAGUAACGUUUUGUUGGAUGGUGCCUUGCUCCAAGAGGUGGCCUGUGGAAGGAGGCCGAUUGAGCCCGAAAGGCCCUCUGAGGAGCUGAUUCUGGUGGAGUUGGUCCACUCUAUGUGGAAAGGUGGACGAAUACUGGAUGCCAUGGAUAAAAGGCUCGGAACGAGCUUUGUCGUCGAGGAAGCAGAGCUUGUGCUGAAGCUUGGCCUGCUCUGUUCACAGAGUGCACCUGAAUCAAGGCCAAACAUGCGGCAGUUGACUCAGUUUCUUAAUGGGGAUGUGCCGCUACAAGAUCUAAAACGCCAGAAUCUGGGUAUCCACGAUCAAGGCAUGAACCAACUAAUUCUGCAGUAUCCAUCUUCGGAUCAGGGAUCGUCAACUUCGGCAAGCUCAGUCUCAUACGAGAAGGCAUCGUCAACCUCAGGAAACUCGGACCCAUACAGGAAGGUAUCAUCUGCUCCGGGAAGGGUUACUCUGGCUUGUGACGUAUGA